AUGUCCGCGUCUUGUCAUGAUGACGAUAAUACUGACUUCGGUUUGUGUGGAUGGAUCCUGGUCAUCGCUUCACUUUUUUUAACUAUUAUUACAUUUCCUCUAUCAAUCUGGAUGUGCAUAAAGAUUGUAAAGGAAUACGAGCGAGCCAUCAUAUUCAGACUCGGACGCAUCUUAAAAGGGGGAGCGAAGGGACCAGGUUUGUUUUUUGUCCUGCCCUGCACAGACAGCUUCAUCAAAGUUGAUAUGAGGACCAUCUCUUUUGAUAUUCCUCCCCAAGAGAUCUUGACCAAGGACUCUGUGACAAUUAACGUAGAUGGAGUGGUUUAUUACAGAGUUCAGAAUGCCACCCUUGCUGUGGCAAAUAUCACAAAUGCUGACUCAGCCACCCGUCUGUUAGCACAGACUACUUUGAGGAAUGUUCUGGGGACCAAAAACCUUUCUCAGAUUCUCUCUGAUCGUGAAGAAAUUGCACACAGCAUGCAGGCCACGCUUGAUGAGGCCACAGAUGAUUGGGGCAUUAAGGUGGAACGUGUGGAGAUCAAGGAUGUGAAAUUGCCUGUCCAGCUGCAGAGAGCAAUGGCUGCAGAAGCAGAAGCUGCGCGGGAGGCAAGAGCUAAGGUGAUUGCAGCUGAGGGUGAAAUGAAUGCUUCCAGGGCCCUGAAAGAGGCAUCCAUGGUUAUUACAGAGUCCCCUGCUGCUCUUCAGCUUCGUUAUUUGCAGACCUUGACCACCAUUGCUGCGGAGAAGAAUUCCACCAUCGUCUUCCCCUUGCCCAUAAAUAUGCUGCAGGGCAUCAUAGGUGCAAAUCGCUAGGGAGAGGGGGAGGAGAGAGUUUGGGGUGGGGUUUUUUUUUUGCUACAGUGAACGUUUGCAACACCAAAUUCUCUCUGUAUUAUAGCUUAUGG